GAUACGUUAUUUACUUAGGGUUCCGAACGAUGCGAAUUCAGAGAAACCUAGGGUUUUGAAGACAAGUGUCUGCGCCAUGAAACUACGGCGGCUCAACCUCUCAAACGAUGUUCCAACCAGUUUCUCAUGCAUAUCACGUUCCUCUACAGCAUUCAACGAAAGAGAAAACUCGGAGCCGAUCCCACAUGAUCUCAUCUACGAACUGCUUUUGAGAUUGCCCGCGAAAUCUAUAGCUAGGUCUCGUUGCCUAUCAAAGCUCUGGGCUUCCAUACUUCGUAGCCAUGAUUUCACCGAGUUAUUCUUGACCAGAUCUUCAACUCGUCAGAAGCUUCUUUUCUUCUGCCUAAAGGAUCAUGAUUUUUUCUUCUUCACGGCACCUAAAAAUCCGGACAAUAACUCGUCUCUUGUAGUCCCCGAUUAUCAUAUGAAGUUCCCAUUUGUUGGUAUUGGCUUUCAAAUUUGUGGUCACGUCCGAGGUUUGGUCUGCCUUACACAUCUUCGGACCGUGAAGGGAGGGAAGCAUACAGUUCCAGAGAUAUGUAACCCUAGCACCGGACAAUCCUUACCUUUACCCAAAGUGAAGACGAGAAGAAGGGUUAACGUAAGACGCUUUUUUGCCUAUGAUCCGAUAGGUAAGCAAUUCAAGGUAUUAUCCAUGACCUGGCCAUGUUAUCGAAGUUAUUUGUUAUGCCAGGAGUACAAAGUUCUGACUAUAGGGACAGGAAAACUAUCAUGGAGAAUGGUCGAAUGUAGCGUACCCCAUCAACCUAUAUCUGGUGAGAUAUGCAUCAAUGGUUGUUUGUAUUAUUAUUCUAUGGUUGAUAGUGUAGAGCAUCGUUAUGUGAUAGUUUGCUUUGAUGUAACUUCUGAAAAGCUUACAUCUAUUAGAAAACCUAUGGAAGAUGUCAAAUGUAUUGUAUCAAAUCUGGUAAACUACAAUGGUAAUUUAGCUACACUUACCUCAGACGGGGAUAGCCAAGUUAUUGGACAAAGUAGAUGCAUUGAGUUCAGAGGCGUGCUUCAUGUGUUAUCAAAAAGGCUUUUGCCUCAGGCCCCCAAAAUAUAUAGACAUUUUAGGGCCCCAAAUUUUUAAUAAUCCUGUGUAGCAUAGUGGUCUUAUUAAACACACUAUCUUGUCAACUGAAGUU